AUAUUUCUUUCAAAGCCUUUCAUGCAACCACGAAUUCAGAAGAACUAAGUAGUAUUGUGGAUUCACGACAGACUGAAAAAAAUGAAUAGUGCAAAGUGAAUAAUAAUAUUAGUAAUCAUUCACCUAAAGAAAUCAAUUACGAACUAUUCGUUCACGUGAAAUUGGGACGUUACAUGGAACUAUCGUUGCUCAAAUGCCCAUAAAAAUAGACCAAUCAGAAUGCAAACCGUGGAGUGGCGCGAUUUUCGACUGAUUCUGUUUACCCUUAUUGGUCUAUUGGCACGUAGUCUUGUAGCGGUGUUCAUAGUUAAGCUCAACUCGACACCACGCUACACCCUUUUAUUGCAGGACGAUCAAGAGUGAAUGCUGUAGAAGAGGAAGAACAAGCCCUACGUGCACUGAACCUGCAGAAUGAUGCAUAAGACUGUUUGGUAAAUUAACCCCCUUUUUCUGUACAUUCCCGCGAAAUUUGAUUUUGAAAUAAAUCACUGGUGGUUCCAUUCCGUGUUCUCCCUGUGUUGUGAAGUGCUCAGUUAACAUUGUGUGUUUGUGGUUUUAGAUCAUCCCGCUCGCUCCAGUGACUGGUGAAUACACGAGUUACAAUUGGUGAUGGAGGUGGCCACAGAAAAAUGCGAAGAGAAAUUAGACGAACCCCCUGUGAUUCCAAUCAAGGCUGCGCUCUCUUCGACCCCUCGCCAACUUCCUCUACUUGAAAGUUCGUCAGAUUACCCUGUUUGGAAAUUUAAAGUUACAGCGUAUCUACAGAGAGUUCCACUGACCGAACAUUUCAACUAUCUCGUCUCUUAUUUGAGCGAUGAAGCAAUACGAAGGGCUACGGCCAAUGGGUUCGCAACAAGUAAUACACUUUCACAAAAUUGGCGAAUCCUAGACGAUUGUUUUUCUGUGCCCGUGGACACCCAACAGGCAACAAUCCAGUUCCUAUCACGUCACCAGAGAGCAAGCAAAAAUCCAAUCGACUACCUUUAUAGCCUGCAGCAAAUCGCCGCACAGGCAUUUCCUCGUCUAGAUGUAAUUGGAAGAGAAGAAUCAAUUCGUUCACGUUUUGUCCAACGAUUAUUGCCUGGAACUCUAAGAGAACAUUUCCUUCGAAGUCCACCAAAAGAUACAUCUGACUUGAAAAGAACAACAUUACGGUUUCUGGCCGCUGACAAACUAGCGAAUUUAUCAGAUGCACGACCAGCAUCAGUGAUGAAUGUGGAACAAGCCGCAAAUUCUAGUGGGCUAGACAAAUUCCAGACGACAAGUGCUGUUAACGACUCAUUUAACCGGGGUGUCAGCCGCGGACAGUUAAGCUCAAGACAGAAUGGACGGUCGCCAGGGAAGACUUAUCGGAAUCAGCAAACGGAAUGUUUUUACUGUAAACGUUUCGGGGAAAAUGCCAGGAAAUGUGGACACGAUCGCAUGGAAAAUAGAGAUCGUCGCGAUAACAUUGAAGAUUCGUUCCACAUCAUGCAUCAUCACGACGGCAUCGUCUUCGUUACUUGAAUGAUGGACGUUACCAGACAUAGUGUGGCUGAACUGAAUUCAAAUCCAAAAGUGUUUUGAUUUGACCUCUUCUGCAAAACUUCACGAAUUGUCGACGUGACGCACCUAUCAUCUAACGGCAGUUUGACUUUCAAAUGCUCGCAACCUCCGUUAGUGGACGAUAAUCCUGAAGCGAUCCCUAAGUUCGGUGCACACAGGGCUCGCUCUUCUUCCGAAGCGUUUACCCUUGAUCGCCCUUCAAUAGAAAGAAAACAGAAUCCGUUAACAUCAUACAUGGCUAUUUCAACUUGCAAGAUGACUCAUAAGACUAUUUUGUAAACUAACCAUUCUUUCUGUACAUGGUCUGCGGGUUUUAAUUUUCGAAUAAAAAACUCAUGGCUUCCA